ACAACGCAUUUAACGUGCCCACUGGCCAAGCCUUUUUAGCUUGAACCCCAAUAUCAUCCCUCCUUUUCAAGGCCAAUAUUCUUGUCGACCCCCUUCCACUUCUCAUUCCCAUCCCCGUUCUUUUUGUCAACCCGGAUCAUGACGACCUGAUUUUGAGGAGCAUGAUCAGGAACUGAAAGUCCUGAAUCGAUUUCCAUGAUUGGCCGAGGUCCUCUUCAACUAUAUCGGAAACUGGGGUAGCCUUCGAAUCCGAAUCAUCUUUCAGCCCAUCUCCGAUCACCUUAAAUCACAACGCUCCGCCCAGGCCAGGGCUGCUGCCAUCUACCUUUCGAUUCAAACUCAAUUUCUCACCCAUCAUGGCCGCCGGCAGUGCUCGCUAUGUGCGAUAUAUUAUUUUUGCUUUCUUCGUUAUAGCGGUGUUCUACCUCGUUACGAGCUCGUCCUCCGACAUCGUUCCCUUCGGCCCAGCCAAAGAAUAUGGUGGCCGUCCUGAGAAGGUGACACCGGAGCCGCAGGAGACACAGGUGGGCGGCGAGUCGAAACAUGAACAGUCCGACAACAAGCCCGCAACCAGCAGCGCCAACCGUGUCCCGGACUUGGAUCCAAAGGAGUUCCCCAUGGCUAUGUCCCCCAUGGACGACGGCUGGAAUGAUCUUAGUGGCAUCGCUUCCGGGCCCCGCGCAAACGCAACCUUCGUCACGCUUGCUCGCAACUCGGACAUAUGGGAAAUUGCGCGCUCGAUUCGCCAGGUCGAGGAUCGCUUCAACCGACGAUACAAUUAUGACUGGGUGUUCCUGAACGACAAGCCCUUCGAUGAGACAUUCAAGAGGAUCACGACCUCGCUUGUCUCGGGCAAGACUCACUACGGCGAGAUUCCCAAGGAGCACUGGUCUUUUCCACCGCACAUCGAUCAGGACAAGGCUAAGAAAGUUCGCGAGGACAUGGCCCGACGCAAGAUCAUCUAUGGCGACAGUAUCAGCUACCGGCACAUGUGCCGCUUUGAGUCGGGCUUCUUCUUCCGCCAGGAACUCAUGCUGAACUACGACUAUUACUGGCGCGUCGAGCCCAGCAUCGAACUCUUCUGCGACGUCCACUACGAUCCUUUCCGUUUCAUGAAGGAGAAUGGCAAGAAAUACAGCUUUGUGCUGAGCCUGUACGAAUAUCACGAGACGAUCCCAACGCUGUGGGACAGCGUCAAGAAAUUCAUGAAGAACCACCCCGAACAUAUCGCCGAGGACAACGUGAUGGGUUUCCUCAGCGAUGACAAUGGCAACACCUAUAACAAGUGCCACUUUUGGUCUAACUUCGAGGUCGGCGACCUGAGAUGGCUUCGAUCUAAAGCUUACACCGACUACUUCGAAUCCCUCGACCAGGACGGUGGAUUCUUCUACGAGCGUUGGGGUGACGCACCGGUCCACUCCAUCGCGGCGGCCCUCAUGUUGAAGAAGGACGAGAUCCACUUCUUCAACGACAUCGCCUACUACCACGUGCCAUUCACCCACUGCCCGACGGGCGAGAAGCUGCGGACGGAUCUCCGCUGCCACUGCAAUCCAAAGGACAAUUUUGACUGGAAGGGAUAUUCUUGCACAUCUAGAUUCUUCGAGGCCACCGGCCUUGACAAGCCCGAGGGAUGGGAGAACCAGCAAGAGUAGAGAACGGACGUAUGUCAAAACGACAAUAGAGUUCAAGUGUAGUACCAUCAUCAAAGUAAUGACGUUUCUUCUAUCCUUAAGCCCUCGAGAGCGGCUCUUUUGGCUAGGGAAAAACAGGGCACACCGGCGUACGGGUUAUAAAGGAACUUGGCUUGGAAAACGGGGAAAGUUAACCACACGGAUGGCCUGUAAAUAUAUGCUGAUUACAGUUCCCAUCAAGGUGGAAAUUGAUCAUUCACUUCUUCAGUUA